CCGCCAAGGGGAGUUUCCAGGAAGUGGCCAUAUUGGAUCCAUUCAGCCGCAGCCGCCCGGGCGGAGCGCGUCCCGCAGCCGGCUCGUCCCCGCCGCGGCCCCGGCGCUCCCCGCAACCCGCCCGCCCGGUGCGCAGCUCGCCAUGGCGGCCACCGACUUGGAACGCGUCUCGAACGCAGAGCCUGAGCCCCGGAGCCUGUCCCUGGGCGGCCAUGUUGGGUUUGACAGCCUCCCUGACCAGCUGGUCAGCAAGUCAGUCACUCAGGGCUUCAGCUUCAACAUUCUCUGUGUGGGGGAAACUGGGAUUGGCAAGUCCACGUUAAUGAACACACUCUUCAACACAACCUUUGAGACUGAAGAAGCUAGUCACCAUGAAGAGUGUGUGCGCCUGCGGCCUCAGACCUAUGACCUCCAAGAGAGUAAUGUUCAUCUCAAACUGACCAUCGUGGAUGCUGUGGGCUUUGGGGAUCAGAUCAAUAAGGAUGACAGUUACAGGCCCAUCGUUGAUUACAUCGACGCGCAGUUUGAAAACUAUCUACAGGAGGAGUUGAAGAUCCGCCGUUCCCUCUUUGACUACCAUGACACGAGGAUCCACGUUUGCCUCUACUUCAUUACGCCCACCGGGCACUCCCUGAAGUCCCUGGAUCUGGUGACCAUGAAGAAACUAGACAGCAAGGUGAACAUAAUUCCCAUCAUUGCCAAGGCUGACACCAUCUCCAAGAGUGAGCUUCACAAGUUCAAGAUCAAGAUCAUGGGUGAGCUGGUCAGCAACGGAGUCCAGAUCUACCAGUUUCCCACUGACGACGAGGCUGUUGCCGAGAUUAAUGCAGUCAUGAACGCACACCUGCCUUUUGCCGUGGUGGGCAGCACAGAGGAAGUGAAGGUGGGGAACAAGCUGGUUCGAGCACGACAGUACCCCUGGGGUGUGGUGCAGGUGGAGAAUGAGAAUCACUGUGACUUCGUGAAGCUUCGGGAGAUGCUGAUCCGGGUGAACAUGGAGGACCUGCGCGAGCAGACCCACAGUCGGCACUAUGAGCUCUACCGGCGCUGCAAGUUGGAGGAGAUGGGCUUCCAGGACAGUGACGGUGACAGCCAGCCCUUCAGCCUCCAAGAGACAUACGAGGCAAAGAGGAAGGAGUUCCUGAGCGAGCUGCAGAGGAAGGAGGAAGAGAUGAGACAGAUGUUUGUCAACAAAGUGAAGGAGACAGAGCUUGAGCUGAAGGAGAAGGAACGGGAGCUCCAUGAGAAGUUUGAGCACCUGAAGCGAAUCCACCAGGAGGAGAAGCGCAAGGUAGAGGAGAAGCGCAGGGAGCUGGAAGAGGAGACCAACGCCUUCAAUUGUCGGAAGGCAGCCAUGGAGGCCCUGCAGUCACAGGCCUUGCAUGCCACUUCACAGCAGCCUCUGAGGAAAGACAAGGACAAGAAGAAAUUUUGACCCUCAGCCCGGGACGCCACAAACGGAAUCAAGUUCCCUGCUUUGCUCGUCACAAAUGCCAAACUGACCGCUCUUUCCCAGUGCCCAGUGCUGUCUUUUGCUUCUGUUUGAUUUGGUCUGCGUAUCUUUUAAUGUGUCUGUUUUGUUUUGUUUGUUUUAUUUUUAUUUUUCAGUUAAAGCACGCACAGACUUACAUGUCGAGAGCGGACUUUAGGCUUUCAUGUGUUAAACUGCUUGAGUUACACCUUGUGACCCUUCUCCCAUUACAUGGUGUGAGGAUGGACUGGGAGCCGGUACAGACUCCAGUGUUUACAGCCUUGCCUUGGCCUUGUCCCCAACUGCUGGUCUCAGGCUGCCUGGGCCUUGUCCCCAACUGCUGGCCUCAGACUGCCUGGGCCUUGUCCCCACCUGAUAGCCUCAGGCUGCCUGGGCCUGCCCAGCUAGCCUUCUCUAUGCAAAUCCGUCAAAGCCAUGAAUGCUGGAACCCAAAACUGACAAGGUUUAUUUUUUGCAGAGCCGGUGGCUGGUCUUCCAUUUACAGUGUCACUAUUCCUUGACGAAGCAGUUAUGUGUCGCUCUGGUGAUGGCCCCAGCCAGUGAUGCUAGGCCUAAUUGUUCAUCGUCAAACCAGCGACUCAUGUGGUGCCUGGCCUGGGCGUGGCCUGCGGUCUGGUAGAUAACAUGCUGCCGAAUUCGCCAUAUUCCCUUUAUUUUAAUUUUUCUAACCCAGAGCUUAAUUUCAAUAACUUUUUCAACAGUUUAAAAUUUUUAUUUUGGCACCAGUAUAAAGACAAAUAAUAUCUAUCUAUCCUGUUAUUUUCAUAAGUAACACAGAUUCCCUGAUUUUUCUUUUUUAACUAAGAAGUUCUCUAAACCUGCUUACAUAGAAAGCACCCCUAUAAGAUAUAGAGGUGGGAAAUAAAGUUCCUAUUCUGCCAGUGUUUGGGACUUCUUUAUGCACAGAAGUGGACCUGAAGGAGACCAUGCCCGGCAUUUUUUACUGUGAAUGUAAAUGGAACAGCAGCCCCAGACCCUUGUCUCUGCCUUAGAGGUGCUACCUGUGACAGGGACCAAGUGCAUGUGUGUUCAGUGUUUGACUCCAAAACAGUCUCCUACUUCCUCAGUGUGCUCAGUGGGGAGAAGGCUGUCAUGUCAAGGUCAUUGUUACUUCUUUCCUGGCUGAGUCACAGGGCAGGGAAAUAAAAGGUGUGUGAAGUAUUAGGACAGUUUGAGAGGGAAGGAGAGAGAGAGAGAAGACGAAAACGCUAGAGACUGAGACCGUCCUCUCCAGCUGUGCUUCCCAGGUGCACACUUUUAAGAAAGUGGCCACCAGGCGUGAUGGUCCUGUAGUGGCCGACCAUGCUUGGGAGAUAGGAAGCCAGAGGCCGGCCUCAAUUACACAGUGAGGUGAGGCCAGCUUGGGCUAUCUGAGACCCUGUCUCAAAAACAAAAUGAAAACGAGAAAAGUACUAGCAGCCAUUUUGCUCUGCUCCUGGUGGUUUGCAAGCCUCGGGGUUGAGAAUGGGGGUGAAGGAUUAAUGUCCUUACUGUUGGUGCAGCACCAGCCUGGGCUCUGGUCCCCCCCAAAAAAGAUACACUUCAUUCUGAGGAGCUGAUCACCCAGUGGGCCCCUCACUGAGAACCAGAGGGGGCCACACUGAUUUGUGCUACAUUAGGGUUUUGACCCCCAUCUCCCUCCCCACCACCUUUAACCCCUUUCUCCCAGGCCUGCUUCACUUCUCCCAGGACCAAUCUGGCUCCUUCUGAUAUGAUGGUUCAUUCAGAAUGAGCUAGAAGAGAAGGUGGUUAUGAGUUCUCUGAGGUACAACUCCCCAAAGGCCAAUUGUACCUAUGAGGUGCCUCACAGCAGGAGAAUAAGAUUUGUUGAUGCCCUGAGGAAAAAAACCCCAUGACUAGGGUGGAUUCUAGCUGCAAGGCUAGACACCUGAACUAUUUACAAAGACAGUUUUAAGAAUAUGAAGUUAUGUUCGGGGCCCUGGAAGCUUCUUGGGAGUCAUAGCUCAUCUGCCUCUGGUCAUGGCGGAACUGAUAUUGGACUUUGGUGUCUAAGGCAGAGGUAAACUGCAGGCCAGUGGUUCCUCUUAGAGAAAUUGUAUAUGUAUUCAGUUAGGUCAAAGCCUGACCUUCAGAGCAACCUCUCCUAGCCAAUAUAUUCCAGAGACCAGGAUGACCCAGCAAGUCCACUGGUUGUAUAAAAGACAGGAUUGCAAGCUUGGCAGUGGUGGCGCACGCCUUUAAUCCUAGCACUGGAUAUGCAGGGGAAGGCGGAUCUCUGAGUUCGAGGCCAGCCUGGUCUACAGAGUGAGUUCCAGGACAGCCAGGGCUAUACAGAGAAACCCUGUCUCAAAAAGCCAAAAAACAUACAAACAAACAGAAAACAAACAAAAAGAAAACAAAAGACAGGAUUGUAGGCUCAUAAUCCAUGCAGAGAACUCUGAAGCCAGCAAAUUCUACCACCACCCUCUGCUGCUCACCAAACAUGGGCAUACUGGAAGGCUGUUAUGUUCAAUGCCCACCUUUGGCCUAAAGCUUGCCAGCAUCCCUGGGGAAACCUGACUUGCAUUUUCUGGGGUUUCAGUAUCCCACUCCCACUCCCAUGGAUCCCAUCAACUGCUGCAAGCUCUUCCCCUGUGUGGAAUUUUGUUAUCUUUAUUUAGCUGAGGUUAAAUUAAUCUUUGUUGUGCAAGAAAAACAUGGAGCUUGCCCCUUGAGGGAUGUGACUCCAUGUACAGCUGGGAUUUAUACCUGCUUUUCCUGUCAUCUGUUGGCUUCAGGAGGACUGCUGUAGGAUCCCAUUGUCAUUUACUGUUAUGACUUCUUUCGGUCAUUUUGUUUUGUGGUAGAAUCACCAUGUAAGUUAUGGUCUGAACCUGUACUUUUGAGAGAGAAAAGAUGCUGUCAAUAAUAUCAGCUCCUUAGGUACUCAGGAGGCUGAGGCAGGAGAAUCAAAAAAUUCAAGGCCAUAGCCACUUAGCAAGACCCUAUGUCAAAAUUAAAAAAUAUAUGUACACAUACGUAUGUGUAUAUAUAUAUAUGUGCUGGACAUGCGACUCAUGGCUAGAGAAUGUGUCUAGCAUGAUUGGGGACCAAGUUCUCUCCCCAGCACUAAGAAAAAAAACAAGUCAACAGCCAUCAAGCAGAUAUAUCCCAGGCCAACCAAGAUGUGUGUUCUCCCUUGUGCUGGGUGGCAUGAAUUCUGACACCCUGUGACUGUGCAGCCUGACCCCACAUAUGUUCCUGUGUGUUUGUGUGGACCCCCUUGUUUGGGGCUUAUACUGGGUAAGAGUCCCAGGACAGCCAGCUUGCUUGUCUGUUACGUUACCACGCAUUUCUAAAACCACUCCAGCUGUUAAUCCGUUUACUCCUCCAUCCAUGGACUUGUUUCUGUUCCUUUCCAUCCACUUUGUACUCAUUUGUUUUCAUUAAAUUUUGCAUUUAUUUUGA